AUGCCGAUCGCGGGGCAGAUUGCGGACACCCUCGAUAGACCUGAACAUGCCUUCCUCACUAGAUCAUCUGGAGACCAAACUAUUGAUGCAGAUUUACAAUAUCUGCGUGAAUUACCAUGGGCAGACACUUCGAUUGGACCAAUAUCAACAUGGUCUCGCGAGCUGCUGGUUCUGAUCAACCUCGCAAUGCUAUCACCACAACCACAGCUUUUCCUGCUCGGACCGGACUCGAUUAUCAUAUACAAUACUGCAUAUGGCCGGUUACUUUAUGACCACCAUCCUCUCUAUCAAGGGAGGCCAAUUGCGUUGAACGAAGCCCUGAUUUCGAAUGCUCCUGCCAUCGACAGAAUCGUGGACAGAGCGACUACCAGGGUGAGGCCUGCAAACGAGAACCACGUCACGUUCUUCUUUUCGGACUCAGGCCGACUAAGAGAGACGUUUCUUUCGGCCACAAUGGUGAAACUCCCAGAACCAUUGCAGGGAUUCCAUGCGACGACAUAUGACACAACAGCUGCAGCUCUGCAGCUGAGGAGACGAGAAUCGCUCAAAGCCAUAUUAGAUUCUUGCGCUCUGGCAAAAGACAUGCCGGGAUUUUGGGACUCGAUCCUCCAAGGAAUACGGAUUGAAGAUGGUGACAUAUCUUUUGCCAUGCUAUAUCGUGCAGACCUCUUGGAAAAGUUCGAUCCAGAAGCUGACUGUUCACGAAACGUUGUUGAUCAUCAAGGCUUCACACUUCAUGGUGUAGUCGGAUCCGAGGACUCUGGCCAUUCACAGCAUCUGAACAUGUCUUCGCCCGAGCCUUAUGUUGGAUGCAUGAGAGAAGCUGUUCGCACAGGCCAACCACUCCUUGUCAGCGUCAAAGAUGGCACAAUGCCGGAAUCUUGGGGCAGACAAUCUCGACAACGAUGUUAUGGCGAUGAUUCACUGGAAGCAGUCAUCAUACCUAGUUCUGAUUCUCCUGAAUCAGAGGUGUAUGCAGUUUUGGUACUAGGAAUACCCCCGAGAAGGCCGUAUGACGAAGACUACGCAUCCUGGAUCUAUUCUAUACAUCAAUUAUUUGCAAACGCAGUCACAACUUUCAGACUGGCAGAGGCGAGGAGUUUUGAUACCCAACUGGUAGUAAGGCGGGCCGAGGCAUUGAGAACGAGACAGCUUCUUCAAGCGCAGCUUCUCAUGAAACAACGAGAGGCCGAGUUACAGGCUGAAAAGUUGAACGAAGCAAUUGAGGCCAAGAGACAACAAGAAAACUUCAUCGACAUGACCAGCCAUGAGAUUCGCAAUCCACUCAGUGCAGUCAUACUCAGCGCUGAUUCAGUAACACAAACAUUGAGCCAAAUACAGGAUCUCAUCAAAGCAUCCGUUACAAAAAAUGCAUCUAUUGAUCCACAUAGCUUGACGGAACUUCUAGAUGACAUUGCCGAAUCAGUUGACACCAUAUCAUCCUGUUCAAUGCAUCAGAAGCGCAUAUCGGACGACAUUCUGAGUCUGUCCAAGCUCAACUCAGGCCUGGUUGAAAUCUCUCCGUCGGCGUUCAGUUUGAGCAGCUUUAUGAACAGAGUUUGCGAAACUUUCAACAAUGAGACUUCUAGGGCGGAUAUCAACUUCACAGCCAUGCAAGAUUCGUCUGUCAGGUUAUAUAAUGUUGACUGGAUCCAAGCCGACUCUGGCAGAAUAAUGCAGAUAAUGACCAACCUCAUCUCCAAUGCCAUCAAGUUUACUGCCGGCGUCAAAGGAGAAAAAUCCAUCACCAUCCGUGUAGGAGCUUCCCAAACAAAAGAUAUUGCAAUCUUUCAAGAUUUGAUCAUGACCAAACCCUUCCAAGUCAUUGAUGACAAAACGAAAGCAAGCAAUGAAGAUAUAUAUUUAUGGUUUGAAGUCGCUGAUACAGGAUGUGGUAUGGACGGCAAAGAAAGAAGCAAAAUGUUCCAACGCUUUUCGCAAGCAUCACCAAAAACAUACAAUGAAUACGGUGGCUCUGGUCUAGGUCUGUUCAUCAGUCUAAAACUGGUCAGUCUGCAAGGUGGAGUCAUCGGCUUCACCUCACAGACGGGCAGAGGAACGAACUUUGCCUUUUCAGUACGCGCUCUGCGCGAAAAAUCACCAGACCUUGCUUCGAAGCAGGCGAUGUCUAUUCUACCCGAUCGAGGGGCUGUAGAGGCCAACACGUUGAGCGUCCUUCUUGUCGAGGAUAAUAGGACCAAUCAGGCUGUUCUCAGCGCUCAACUCAGACGCCACGGAUACACUGUAUACACUGCGGAUAAUGGGCAAGAGGCCUUUGAUUUCCUACAAUCAAGUCGUCAUUGGAUCACGUCUGGGCAGGACUCGAAGUUACCCCACGCCGAUGUCAUUUGUAUGGAUAUAGAGAUGCCGAUUGUUGAUGGUAUUGCAUGUACGAGGAUGAUUCGACAAGCACAGCAGGAUGGAGAUAUCACCAAUCACAUCCCAAUCAUAGCCGUGACGGCGAACGCGAGGCUAGAGCAGCUGCAUUCGGUGAUUGAAGCUGGAAUGGAUGAUGCGAUCUCCAAGCCGUUUAGAGUUAACGAUCUGAAGGCGGUUAUUGACGGAGUGUUGAGAAGGGCAUAG